UUGUAUUGACAACAUGUGAUGGGCGACCUCAGUCGAGGCGUACGUUAUAUUGUGUUCUAAAGAGACUGGCCGGCAAUGGACUGGAUGUCUGUCUAACAACAGUAUUUAUUGACGAAGGCAGUGUGAUCACCGUGGGAGAAAUUCCAAGUAGGAAACAAUGUUGUUUCAUUGGUUUCGUUCAGUACACAAGGACAUUACUAAUGAUAUUGUCUUGGUCACUGGUGGAGGUAGCGGACUUGGAAAGCAAAUUUCUUUGAUCAUUGCCACACACAACCCUAAACAUAUAGUUCUAUUAGGGAGAAACGAAGCAGCACUGACUUCAACAAGAGACGAGAUAGUGGAGAGCGGUUGCACUUCAUGUUCCUAUGUCACAUGCGACUUAGCUGACUCUAAUGCCAUAACUGAGAAGCUAGAUACUAUACGAAUGACAAUAGGAGACGUUACAAUACUGAUCAACAAUGCAGCUGUAGCUUACCAUACAUCCUUCUUCGAUAGCAGCUGUGAUGAGUUGACCCGAUCAUUUCAAAUCAAUACCCUAGCAUUUUACAAGAUACUAAGAUCUCUAAUACCAUCCAUGGUAAAACUGGAACGUGGUCAUAUAGUAAACGUGAACUCUGUAUUGGGAGUUCUUCCACUUAACGGCGCACCUUUCUAUUGCUCGACCAAGGCUGCAAAUCUCGGGCUGGUUGAGAGUAUCAAAGAUGAGCUACGCUCAGACGGUUGUGAUUAUAUACAUUUUACGAACAUCUUGCCCUACCAGAUAGACAAUACAAUGUUCAGUGGUGUUAAAACAAGGUUUCCGUCCAUUUUUCCUCCAUUGAAAGAGGUCGCUGUUGCCAAGGAAAUUGUUGAAGCCAUCCUGACGAACAGAGAAAAUCUCGUACUUCCAAGAUACAUGGCUUUUCUUUUCUUCUGCAAGAGUGUGUUGCCGGUUGGUGUAAUGUAUGCUUUAAAUGCAUUUAUUGGUGUGGACCAAUGCAUGAUGGGAUUCCACGUAAAAUAAUUUUUAAAGAUAUUACGCAAAUAAAGCUCUGUGACGAAGAUCCUGGUAACAUGUGCUAUUGGAUGUUACUUUGAUUUUGCGGUGUUAUAUAUGAACGGACUAACUAUAUAGCUAUGCUUUAAUUAAUUAAACCUCGUUUACAUAGAAGUUAGUUAAGCUAUGGACAAAAAAAGUACAAGAGUAUACUAACCAUGUUUAAAUUCAAGUUAAUAGUUAUGAUAUCAGAUGGCUUCACUUGACCAUUUUUUAGUUUUAGGUAAAAUGCUUAGAUGAGUUGAUCGUGCUUUUUACAAGUACGUGCUUGGGGAAUGAGAAAUCUGGUACUAUAUUUUCUUGGCACAAUGGUCACUCUAGCCUGUUCAAAUCAAACAUUUUCUGCCAAUGCAUUACCGACAGAUUACCGGGUUAAUUUCAAAAACGACCGACUGCUCAAUGACAAAUCAAAAUCG